GUUUCUUCAGGCAACAACAAGACACAAAGACAAUCUACAUCACUGGUCAUUCCUCACUACGCACUCUCUACAUGACCCCCACAACGUCACAAAAACAAUGACUGAAUUCUGCAAACCAUUCGACCUACACCUCGAGGACGAAACCAUCGACCUACCUAACCACCGCGACAGGUGGAGACUAGGAAAGAGAAUAGCUCAAGCUGCGUACGAUCGAGAUAGCCCAUACCACGAAAUACGCCAAAUCUACAACUGUGUCCAGGUCACCCCCGAUACUGGACGCGAGGCUCUUCUAAAAUACGCGCUCAAUAGACUGGUUCACCCCGACCCCUCCAUCCGUGCAAUAGAAGCAGACCCAAGACGCUCUCCCAUGGCUGUAACGGAAUACCCUGCUCUGGAAUAGUUAUACGAUAGGGAUUGUACUUCCACGGCGCGUCUGAUCUACUGGUGCUGUGGCACGCAGACAGACAACCUGUGGGCUCCUAACGGGUGUAUCACUUUGACAUCUUUGGAAAAACUUUUUGGAACAGAUCUUCACGACUUUUUAGGAAUAUGGGCGGGGAGAGCAAGAUCGGAUACGACAGGCUUUCAAACACUCAUUUUU